AUGGCGAGUCAGAAGCGCAUUUCAAAGGAACUUAACGAGCUCCUAAGCUCACCUCCAGACGGCGUCACAGUCGCUCUGGCAGAUGACUCGGACUUAUACAAAUGGAGCGUCGAGAUGAAAGGCCCCGAGGGCUCACCAUACCAAGGCGGGAUAUUCGAGAUCAGGCUCACGCUACCAACAGACUAUCCCUUCAAGCCGCCGACCGUCUCCUUCGCUACGAAAAUAUACCAUCCCAAUGUAUCCAACGACGACAAGGGAACGAUGUGUCUCGGUAUGCUAAAGUCAGAUGAAUGGAAGCCGUCGUCGAAGUUAUAUGCCGUGCUGGAGUUUGCGAGACAGCUUCUUGUGGAGCCGAUGCCGGACGAUGCAGUGGAAGGGAGGAUCGCAGAGCAAUAUAGUAACGAUCGGAAACAGUACGAGAAGAUCGCGAGGGAUUGGACGAGGAAGUAUGCCUCGGGGAAUGGAGGGGAAGGGCAAUAG